AUGUCGCAAGUAUUGACAGAAUCAGUGCUAACGGUGUCGCCUUUUGCAUGGUUUGGGCUGCUGGUCUUGACUUGGCUCGUUUACGGUAUUGCUUACGACCUCUUCCUCUCUCCCUUAUCACGCUUUCCAGGCCCGAGGCUUUGGGCCAUCUCGCGCAUCCCCUCUCAGCUGUCAAUCGUGCGUGGUCAUCACCACCUGGAUGUACUCGCUCUACACGACAAAUACGGGCCCGUCGUGCGUAUCGGCCCUGCCGAGUUAGCCUUCAACACUGCCGAAGCCUUUCGCGACAUUUAUGGUCCGCGCCCCGAGCACGAGCGUUGCGUAAAGGAGCGGAGCCAUUACGGGCCCCAGAUCAACGGCGCUGAUCACCUGAGCACGGCGGUUGAUGAUGCCGUACAUUCCAGACAACGCCGGCUGCUGUCGCAUGCCUUUUCAGAGCGUGCACUCAAAGAACAAGAACCUUUGGUCACUAGAUACGUUGAUACGCUGAUCAGCCGGCUGCGCGAGCACAUCACUGCCGCCCCCACCGCCGCGCUUGACAUCAAGGCCUGGUUCAAUUAUACAACCUUCGACAUUACGGGGGACCUGAUGUUCGGCGAGUCUUUUAAUUGUUUACAGGAUAGGGAGCUACACCCAUGGAUCAAACUGAUCUUCAACUCCCUCAAGGCUAUGUCUCUCCAGAAUGCUGUGAAUCAGUUCCCUUUCUGGAGCGCUCUAUUGGGGCAUUGCAUCCCCAAACGCGUACGCCAAGGGGAAUUGGAUCACUUCAACCUAAGCGCUGCCAAAGUGGAUCGUAGACUGAAGCUGGGAUCAGAGCGGCCGGAUUUUAUUUCGGCAAUGCUGAAGAACGGGCUGACAGAAGGAAAAGGCGAUUAUCGAAAUGGCAAGUUGGUCAUGAGCAGGGCAGAGAUACAUUCAAACGCCUUCUUAUUGAUCGUCGGCGGCAGUGAAACUUCUGCCACACUUCUGUCCGGCUGCAUUUACUAUCUUUGCCAAAACCGCGCCAUCUUGAACCGUCUUUCCACAGAGAUCCGCACCGCUUUCCCCACUAAUGCGGCCAUCUCCUUCACCACUUCCGCCCAACUCCCGUAUCUCGCCGCUGUGAUCCAAGAAUCCCUGCGAAUGUAUCCCCCACUUGUCACCUCCCUCGCCCGUAUUACACCACUCAGCGGCACUACUAUCUGCGGAACAAGGAUUCCUGGAAACACUAUUGUCGCCGGUCACCACUAUGCUACCUAUCACAGCGGCUCGAACUUUGCCCUCCCGCAUCGCUUCGCCCCCGAACGCUGGCUCGACUCGCCCGAUGCAAACCCAAUCUUCGCUGCUGACCAUCGCGAUGCACUGCAGCCUUUCAGCCUUGGCCCACGCAACUGCAUAGGCAAAAAUCUGGCAUACGCCGAGAUUCGACUUAUUCUGUGCAAGCUGCUCUGGAAUUUUAAUGUGCACAUGGAUGCUGAGAGUGAGCACUGGACUGACCAAGAGGCUCAUUUUGUUUGGGACAAGCCGGCACUUAUGGUGAGGCUGGAGGAAAGACCUGCAAAAGAUGUGGCGACAAUGGGCGCGUAACGUCUAGGAUUCGUUGAAGAACUACUUCGCCCGUCCCCCAUGCGUCAUGAGGUGAGGGUCGCUAAUGGCCCGAUGAGACCACAUCUCGCCAUACGUUUUAGGAU